AGUAGAUUGCAUCGCAACAUGUCUGUGGUUUAAGUGCUGUUAAUGGUAAAAGGAGCAGUGUUUGUAUGGCCGCAGCAAUUUCGGAAUUCCAUGUCGGGGUUGGCAGGUUGCUUUGAGUUUCAGUGGUGGAAAUUCAAGAUCAGAAUCAAUACAAUAAUAGUUUUUUAAAUUGAUGACCUCUCUUAUUUGUUCUCAUACAUUGAUAAAAAAAAAUACAGUGUACAGUGUAUGGUUGAGCAUCCAAAUUUGUAUAAAUCUUUAUUAACUACUGAAUAAUCAAAUAAUUUGCAGCAUAUAAUUUUUUUUAUUGUUACAUCACACAUUGUCUGACGUAGACAACGAUAAAAACUUGUCUAUAAAACAUUGGUACAUAGCAGACUUUAUCUCGAUUGGCUCUUAUGAAUGUUAUCAACGAUGAGCCACGAGACAUAAGAGGACGAGUCAUUGAAGCCAGACACACAUACCAGGAUUAUCAAGCUGUGUAGUAAUACUGAUGGAAAACUACACCUACAACAGCUACACACUGCAGCUGGCGGGAUUAAACCUCCCGAAGGACUCCAUCUACCCUUUGUUUCUUUUUCUCUUCUUCUCUUACUUGUUUGUUAUUGUUGCCAAUGUCAGCAUUGCUGUUUUUGUUUUCAUGGACAAAAGUCUUCAUCAGCCAAUGUAUCUACUGUUCUGGAACUUGUCAAUCAAUGACAUUCUUGGAAAUUCAAUCCUGUUGCCACGGCUGCUCAUAGACAUGCUGCGUCCUCCCUCUGAACGUCUCAUCAGUUAUUACGAGUGUGUGAUCCAGGCAUUCACCACACACAUGUUCAGUACGACUGCUCACACUGUGCUCAUGAUAAUGGCCUUUGACAGAUAUGUGGCCAUUUGCAAUCCGCUGCGUUACACUGCUAUAAUGACCAACAAAAUGUUGAUGAAGCUAACAGUAUCUGCCUGGGGUGUGGCCUUGGUUUUGGUUGGGAUCCUGCUUGGUUUGACCAUACGACUGAAUCGCUGUAGGACUCUGAUCACAAGCCCCUACUGUGACAAUGCUGCACUGUUUAAACUCUCCUGUGAAAGUGUGUUCAUCAAUAACAUAUAUGGCCUCACGUUCACUGUGGUCCUGUUCACAGGGUCCAUAGGCAGCAUGGUUCUCACCUACACUAAGAUCACGGUCAUCUGUCUGACCAGUAAGAACAAGACUCUGAACAGUAAAGCUUUAAAGACCUGCAGCACUCACCUGGUCGUUUAUCUGAUAAUGUUGUUAAGUGGAAUGUUUAUCAUUGUUCUCCAUCGUUUCCCACAGUACUCAGACGGCAGAAAAAUUGCCGCCAUUUUGUAUCAUAUAAUCCCAGGCAGCCUCAAUCCCAUAAUUUAUGGCCUACAAUCUAAAGAGAUACGAGCAUUUUUGUCUAGGUUUUUUAACUUCAAGAAGGUUUUUUCAUCAUAACAAAGACACAUUCAUGUUCAAGGCUGUUUUGUAUGUCUAUAAACAAAACCACAAAACAUGAAGCAAGAACAGACUAAAGAUAUUUUAUGUCUUUGGCAAAGUCAACAUAAGUUAUCUGGGAGACGUUGUAUUCUUUAAUAAAACUAAUU